AUGAACUUCAGAAACAUCGAUAUUGACGCAAUUGAAAAUGAAUUUUACAAUGACCAAGACCUGGCCGAGGUUGAUGAUAGGAAUCCUGAAGAAACCACAGCUCACUUCAACUCCCUCCAAUCGCACUCUACAAGUCUCUUGAACAGCCAUCAAACCUCUCAAGCCUUAGCGCUUCUCUUAGAUUCCCCUCCCUUCGGUCCAACUCAAAACUCUGCGAAAUCGAUCAACACCAACUCAAUCAUACAGAUCCUUUCUUCCACCAGAACUAACGAUAUUGAGGGGGCCUUGAAGGACUUGCAACCGCACCACCAUGACAAUCUCAUGAAAUACAUUUACAAGUCUAUGUCUCUCCCCAUCGCUGACUCCUCUGGAAACGUCUUCCUCAGCUGGCAUGAGAAGCUCACUCAGGUUGCAGGAACUGGUAGUAUUGUUAGAGUUAUGACUGAUCGCAGACUUAUUUGA